AUGGUGCAAAUUUGCUGUUUUGUGGUCCACAAGAGGUGCCAUGAAUUUGUUACUUUUUCUUGUCCGGGUGCGGAUAAGGGACCCGACACUGAUGACCCCAGGAGCAAGCACAAGUUCAAAAUCCACACUUACGGAAGCCCCACCUUCUGCGAUCACUGUGGGUCCCUGCUGUAUGGACUUAUCCACCAAGGGAUGAAAUGUGACACCUGCGAUAUGAACGUUCACAAGCAAUGCGUCAUCAAUGUCCCCAGCCUCUGCGGAAUGGAUCACACAGAGAAGAGAGGGCGGAUUUACCUAAAGGCUGAGGUUGCUGAUGAAAAGCUCCAUGUCACAGUACGAGAUGCAAAAAAUCUAAUCCCUAUGGAUCCAAACGGGCUUUCAGAUCCUUAUGUGAAGCUGAAACUUAUUCCUGAUCCCAAGAAUGAAAGCAAACAAAAAACCAAAACCAUCCGCUCCACACUAAAUCCCCAGUGGAAUGAGUCCUUUACAUUCAAAUUGAAACCUUCAGACAAAGACCGACGACUGUCUGUAGAAAUCUGGGACUGGGAUCGAACAACAAGGAAUGACUUCAUGGGAUCCCUUUCCUUUGGGGUUUCGGAGCUAAUGAAGAUGCCAGCCAGUGGAUGGUACAAGUUGCUUAACCAAGAAGAAGGUGAGUACUACAAUGUACCCAUUCCAGAAGGGGACGAAGAAGGAAACAUGGAACUCAGGCAGAAAUUCGAGAAAGCCAAGCUUGGCCCUGCUGGCAACAAAGUCAUCAGUCCCUCUGAAGACAGGAAACAACCUUCCAACAACCUGGACCGAGUGAAACUCACCGACUUCAAUUUCCUCAUGGUGCUGGGGAAGGGGAGUUUUGGAAAGGUGAUGCUUGCCGACAGGAAGGGCACAGAAGAACUGUAUGCAAUCAAAAUCCUGAAGAAGGAUGUGGUGAUUCAGGAUGACGACGUGGAGUGCACCAUGGUAGAAAAACGAGUCUUGGCCCUGCUUGACAAACCCCCGUUCUUGACGCAGCUGCACUCCUGCUUCCAGACAGUGGAUCGGCUGUACUUCGUCAUGGAAUAUGUCAACGGUGGGGACCUCAUGUACCACAUUCAGCAAGUAGGAAAAUUUAAGGAACCACAAGCAGUAUUCUAUGCGGCAGAGAUUUCCAUCGGAUUGUUCUUUCUUCAUAAAAGAGGAAUCAUUUAUAGGGAUCUGAAGUUAGAUAACGUCAUGUUGGAUUCAGAAGGACAUAUCAAAAUUGCUGACUUUGGGAUGUGCAAGGAACACAUGAUGGAUGGAGUCACGACCAGGACCUUCUGUGGGACUCCAGAUUACAUCGCCCCAGAGAUUAUCGCUUAUCAGCCAUAUGGAAAAUCUGUGGACUGGUGGGCCUAUGGCGUCCUGUUGUAUGAAAUGCUUGCCGGGCAGCCUCCAUUUGAUGGUGAAGAUGAGGACGAGCUAUUUCAGUCUAUCAUGGAGCACAACGUUUCCUAUCCAAAAUCCUUGUCCAAGGAGGCUGUUUCCAUCUGCAAAGGACUGAUGACCAAACACCCAGCCAAGCGGCUGGGCUGCGGGCCUGAGGGGGAGAGGGACGUGAGAGAACAUGGUUUCUUCCGGAGGAUCGACUGGGAAAAACUGGAGAACAGGGAGAUCCAGCCACCGUUCAAGCCCAAAGUGUGCGGCAAAGGAGCAGAAAACUUUGACAAGUUCUUCACACGAGGGCAGCCCGUCUUAACACCGCCUGAUCAGCUGGUUAUUGCUAACAUAGACCAGUCUGAUUUUGAAGGGUUCUCGUAUGUCAACCCCCAGUUUGUGCACCCCAUCUUACAGAGUGCAGUAUGAAACUCACCAGCGAGAACAAAUGCCUCCCCAGCCCCCAGCCCUCCCCACGGUGGGAAGUGAUCCUUAACCCUAAAAUUUUAAGGCCACGGCCUUGUGUCUGAUUCCAUAUGGAGGCCUGAAAAUUGUAGGGUUAUUAGUCCAAAUGUGAUUAACUGUUCAGGGUCUGUCUCUUACAACCAAGAACUUUAUCUUAGUGGAAGAUGGUACGUCAUGCACAGUGUCCAGUUUAAUUCUGUAGAAGUUACGUCUGCCUCUAGGUUAACCCUUCCUAGAAAGCAAACAGACUGUUGCCCCAUUUUGGGUACAAUUUGAUAUACUUUCCAUACCCUCCAUCUGUGGAUUUUUCACCAUCGGAAUCCCCCAACCAGAGAUGUUAAAGUGAGCCUACCCCAGCCCAGGGGGCUGGAAACAUCUCCACCCAAGACGUCUUGGAAUCCAAGAGCAGGAAGCCAAGAGAGCGAGCAGGGAGGGACUGGGGGUGGGGGAGGCCUCAAAGUACCCUCUACGUCCGUUCUCUGCCUCCAUGGAAACAGCCCCUAGAAUCUGAAAGGCCAGGAUGAACCUAAUCACUGUUCCCAAACAUUGACAAAUCCUAACCCAACCAUAGUCCAGCAGUUACCAGUUUAAACAAAAAAAACCUCAGAUGAGUGUUGGGUGAAUCUGUCAUCUGGUACCCUCCUUGGCUGAUAACUGUCUUGAUACUUUCAUUCUUUGUAAGAGGCCAAAUCGUCUAAGGACGUUGCUGAACAAGCAUGUGAAAUCAUUUCAGAUCAAGGAUAAGCCAGUGUGUAUGUACGUUCAUUUUAAUCUCUGAGAGAUUAUUUUUCAAUCCAGGGUGCCAUCAGUAAUCAUGCCACUACUCACCAGUGUUGUUCGCCAACAGCCACCCCACACACACCAAUAUUUUGCUGCCUACCUUGUUAUCCUUCUCAAGAAGCUGAAGUGUACGCCCUCUCCCCUUUUGUACUUAUUUAUUUAAUAGGCUGCAGUGUCGUUUAUGAAAGUACGAUGUACAGUAACUUACUGGAAGUGUUGAAUCUAGCAUCAGCCCCUGCUGAUUGAUUUUCCUCCCUUCUCCAGCCCUGGAUGUCCACUUAGGGAUAAAAAUAAUACGGUUUUGAUUCCCAUUUCUAGUACACCUGGAGCUGUAGAAUCAGGAAACCCGGAUGCCUAACAGUUCAAAGAUGUUUUAUUGCUAGAAGGAUUUUACUAUGUUUUGCAAAUGCAUCAUGCAAUGAAUUUUGCAUGUUUAUAAUAAACCUUAAUAACAAGUGAAUCUA